CCGUACAACUGAAUUACAGUCUUCCGCCUGAGAACUGAAGGAAGGGUCACUGCAAAUAACAGCAAAAAUGUCUGCGAGUGAAGCAGAAGGUGUCAAUAGGACGGAACAACUUGAAAUCGUUCAGAAGGCAAAGCUUGCCGAGCAGUCUGAACGAUAUGAUGACAUGGCCGCAAUGAUGAAGAAGAGGGUGGAAUUAGAAGCUCCGCUUUCGAACGAGGAAAGGAAUCUACUUUCUGUCGCCUACAAAAAUGUCGUGGGUGCUCGACGGUCCUCUUGGAGGGUAAUCUCUAGUAUCGAACAGAAAAAGGCAUCUGAUCCUGCAGACAAGAAAAAGCCAAUUGUUGUCGAAUACAAAGCAAAAAUCACCAGUGAACUUACAGAUAUUUGCAAUGAAGUACUGAAAUUGCUUGAAGACAAGCUUAUACCUGCAGUUGAAGUACAAACAAACCAACCACAGAGUGAUGAUAAGGAGAGUCUUGUUUUCUACCUGAAAAUGAAGGGCGACUACUACCGGUACCUAGCAGAGGUUAAUGAGCCAGGAAGUGCAAUGACUAAGGAGAACAUUAUCAGGGAGUCGAAAUGCGCCUAUGACCAGGCUUAUGAAAAAGCAUGCGAAUACAUGCAGCCAACGCAUCCCAUCCGGCUAGGACUGUCACUGAAUUAUUCGGUGUUCUUUUACGAAAUUGAUAAUUGCCCAGAGCAGGCAUGCAAAACAGCUAAGAAGGCAUUUGAUGAAGCUAUUGCAGAAUUAGACACAUUAAGUGAGGACUCCUAUAAAGAUAGUACAUUGAUAAUGCAGUUAUUACGAGAUAAUCUCACAUUAUGGACAUCUGACGCUCACACAGAUCAUGAUAACGAUCAGCAGGAGGAAUCGCUUAACUGAUGGAGUGGAAAUGGCCAAAGACUUGGGUGAUUGGUCAGCCCUGUUUGAACCAUAGUCGUUCAUUAGUACGACUGAAAGACUAGAUAUAUGUUAUCUGGAGGAAAGGCUGUGCAAGGAUUUCACAUGCGGUCAUCGUAGUAUGAGAGAAAGUUGGACAGAUGACCAUUAUUUACAUCAGAUUCAUCAACUUUUUUGAUUUGCAUGUGACUUGUGGAAGAUUUCUUGAAACAAAACAAAGAAAAACUGCCUCGUUUUACUACCAUGUUAUUAUUAUGAAAUACUGCUAUUUCUAUGUUAGUUGAUUAAUACUAUAUAAUAGAGCAGACACGAGAUCAGUGUGGCUAUUACAUAACCAGUGGGCGGCUCUCAACAUAAAAGUGCAUGUGCAGCCAUAUCAUCUUGGACCGUGUACCACGUACCUGUGCAAGUGGAUGUAGUAUAUAUGUGUUCUGUAUGUGUGGCGCUUGUUUCGUUUUCAUUGUUGCCAUGCUACCACAUGGAUUGUCGUGACAUCCCUUUCUGCACCAUUAUAUUUGUGUGUGUACAUGUUAUUCCUUACAUAAAGCGACGUAGCAAGUAAUCUUUGUGGAUUGGUAGUCUUUGAUUUUCAUUCAUAAACUCUGAUAGCAUUUUAGUUAAUAAUUGGAUGAUGAUGAAGUAUAAUGGGUAUUCAGGAUUUUUUUUUUACAUUUUUUUAACAAAUAAAAUGUGUUAUAAACACUUAAUUACCUACUAGUUUGAAAAAUAUCUUUCUGAUCUACGUUUUUCCCCGCAUUUAGUCUGCUGAAAAAUUGGCAUAUAUCAAAGCUUUAUCUGGAAAAAUCGGUGAUUAAUUAUAGUUAAGAUUUGCUUUCCUUCAAGAACUGUAAUAUAUAAAUCAACUUCUAAAUAGUAUAAAGCAAAUUUUAUUGAACCCUAUGAACAGUUUUAUAAACCUGACACAUGGGAUAGUUUUCUAAUUGACAUUGCAAAGCAUCAUUAUCUGGAUUGAUUUAGUCGGUGUUCAUUUGUAGUCGUAACCAAACCAACCUCAGAGUUUUGUGAUUAAUUAGCAGACUAUCGAGUGUAAUAAUUGGGCUAUAUUUGCAUGCAUCUCCUCUCGCCUAGCAUGGUAUAGUCACCAUUGGGUGCAUACAGCUUUGAAAAGUCGUGUAAUGUGAUUUCUGGUGAAUGUUUAAGUUCGUUUUGACAUGAAAAAUCUUGAUAUUGUUUUGAUGACAUCUGAAUUCAGCAGAUCAGAACUUGGUCCUGCAUUUCAAGAUACUUGUAUCCCAGUGACUUGGUGGACACCUAUUACCAGACUAUAAUUUACCAGUAAGAAGUCGUCUCAAUGGUAAUUUGUUCCAAAGGGAGAAGAAAAUGGUAGCCCAGACAAGCUUUGAAAUGAUAGUGGUAUCAAUUCUGUAUGCACUCUGGUCCCGAGUUCAGCAUUAUCACCAAAUUUUAAGCUAAACAGCAAGCGCUUCAAACCUAGUCUCAAGCUUAUCCCCCACACAGAACUGUGAUGGCAUCUCAUGAACACCAGUUGGCCAAUCAAACCACCUUACAAUAAAACAAAAAGCUUUGCCAAAUUUGAAUGGGUUGAUUUGUAUGUUGAUUUAGUAUGCGACUUGAUGCCUCAAUGACUCAACCAGAUGAGAAGAAUGACUUGUUUGUUGUGCUGUAUAUGUAUACGAUUUAUGUCUUAGCCAUUUCUAAUGCACAAUUUCCUGUUGAUAAUAUAUAUUUUGAUUUGGUCUGCAUUCUUUUCAUCUAAAAAAUUGAGGUAUUUGUCCUAAUAUGUUUUAGACCUGAAGUAUUGUACAAUCCAGGAUACUUUGUGAGCAAUGUUCCCUCCAUAAAAGUAUUUCCAAUCCCUAACAGUGUAUUUACAAUCACUGUUCAAAUCUAUCUGCACUUAUGUGUAUAGGUGUAUGUUGCAAGUCAAGUAUUUGCUUGCUAAUAUCCAGCCUUUCUAAUGUAAAACCUGAUUGAACCAGAUUAUCAUUGUGCUUGAUAUCUGUACAAGUGCUAUCAUAGGACUUGAUGUGUAAACUGUUACUGUGGUGAAUAUAGUAUUACCAAACUUGUACAACUUUCGUGGGCAAGAAGAAAUACUUAAAACUAGAAUAAAAAAAAAGAACUAUCAAGACGGUUGACUUGAGCAAAAAUUUAAUACCACAGUAGUACCUUUCAACAGCCGACACAGACUUUUUUCGGUUCGACAAGAUUUGAAGUAGUGCUUGCUAUCUAGGAAAGGUCCUUCAUCAAAAUGCCAGUAUUACCUUGUAACCAUGUUCCAUAAAAUCUGAAUACCUGUGGCCUUAUAUAUUGAUGUUCUUAAGUUGUGGUUCUCCACUCUUCCCUUCCCUUUAGACAUUUCUGGCAAGGUUCAACAGCUUCCAAGAUCAGGCUUGAAUUCAUACAUUUUGGAGAACAUGCGGCCUAUUGGGGAUAUUUUAGCUCGGUCUGGUGUUGUAACAUGUGAAAGUGUUAGGGUUUUAAUUCUGUGUUUUAACAUGUGCUUUUGAAAAUCACCCAUGUUUUGACGUUUCAUAUAUAUAUGUAUAUGUAUGUGUGUACCUAUUCAGAUCCAGAUAUCUGGGUUUGUGCAUGCUCAUGUAUCAAGUUGGUUUACACCUUAUUUUUUAUGUUUUUCACUAUCAUUUCCCGUUUUCUUUGUUCCUAGCUUUAAAAAAAAUCCAAAAUGUUAAAACAGAAUUAAAAUCGGAACAUGCUGCUGGAAAAGUACACUAAAGUACAAAAUGGAGAACAGAAUAUUUGUUACUUUUCAAAAUUGUUAAAAUUGUGGUAAAGGCCAUACACAUGGUAUGAACGAUGAAUGUAUGCGAGGUCAAAUACAAAGAAUUGGUGUCGUAUCCACCACACAUUACUCCUUCAACUGUUUAUGUUCUUGGCUUAACUCUCCCUUUUUCGUCUCUUAUCAACACUGAUGAUAACCCAGUGCAUUAAAAUAAAUGUUUUGUCGAAACA